UUGACAUUUAGAGAUGUGGCCAUAGAAUUUUCUCUGGAGGAAUGGCAAUGUCUAGACACUGAGCAGCAGAAUUUAUAUAGACAUGUGAUGUUAGAUAACUACAGAAACCUGGUCUUCCUGGGUAUUACUGUCUCAAAGCCAGACCUAAUCACAUGUCUGGAGCAAGAAAAAGAGCCUUGGAAUGUGAAGACACAUGAUAUGGUAGCCAAACCUCCAGUUAUAUGUUCCCAUUUUGCCCAAGACCUUUGGUCAGAGCAAGGCAUAAAAGAUUAUUUCCAAGAAGUCAUGCUGAGACAAUAUAAAAGAUGUGGACAUGAGAAUUUACUGUUAAGAAAACGCUGUAAAAGUGUGAAUGAGGUUAAGAUGUACAAAAAAGGUUAUAAUAGACAUAACCAGUGUUUGGCAACUACCCAUAGCAAAAUAUUUCAAUAUGUGAAAGUCUUUCAUAAAAUUUCAAAUUCAAACAGACAAAAGAUAAGCCAUACUUCAAAGAAACCUUUCAAAUGUAAAGAAUGUGGAAAAUUAUUUUGCAUUCUUUCACACUUAGCUCAACAUAAAGAAAUUCAUACUGGAGAGAAACCCUACAAAUGUGAAGAAUGUGUCAAAGCCUUUAAUGAGUCCUCAAACUGUACUACACAUAAGAGAAUUAUUGAGAGAAAACCCUACAAAUGUAAAGAAUGUGGCAAAGCCUUUAACUGGUUUUCAUAUUUUACCACAUAUAAGAGAAUUCAUAAUGGAGAAAAACCCUACCAAUGUGAGAAAUGUGGCAAAUCUUUUAACCAAUCCGCAAACCUUACUACACAUAAAAGAAUUCAUACUGGAGAAAAACCCUACCAAUGUGAGAAAUGUGGCAAAUCUUUUAACCAAUCCGCAAACCUUACUACACAUAAAAGAAUUCAUACGGGAGAGAAACCCUAUAAAUGUGAAGAAUGUGGCAAAUCAUUUAACCAGUCCUCAAACCUUACUGAACAUAAGAAAAUUCAUACUAAAGAGCAACCAUACAAAUGUGAAAAAUGUGGCAAAGCUUUUAAGUGGUCCUCAAACCUUACUAAGCAUGAAAGAAUUCACACUGGAGAGAAACCCUACAAAUGUGAAGAAUGUGGCAAAGCUUUCAACCAGUCCUCAAACCUUACUACACAUAAAAGAAUUCAUACUGGAGAGAAACCCUAUGAAUGUGAAGAAUGUGGCAAAACUUUUAACCAAUCCUCAACCCUCACUACACAUAAGAUAAUUCAUUCUGGGGAAAAAAUCUACAAAUGUAAAGAUUAUGACUGUGGCAAAGCUUUUAAACAAUCUUUAUACCUUACUACACAUAAGAUAAUUCAUGCUGAAGAGAAACCCUACAAAUGUGAAGAAUGUGGCAAAGCUUUUAACCAGUCCUCAAAUCUUAGUAAACAUAAGGUAAUUCGUACUGGAGAAACCUACAAAUGUAAAGAAUGUGGCAAAGCCUUUAACCAGUCUUCACACCUUACUACACAUAAGAUAAUUCAUACUGGAGAGAAACCCUACAAGUGUUAAGAAUGUGGCAAAGUGUUUAACAAAUCCUGUAUUAUUAACAGACAUAAGAUGAUUCAUAUCAGAGAGAAACUCUUAAAACCUGAAAGUUGUAACAAUGCUUUUUACAACACCUAAAACUUUUCCAAACAUCAAAGACAUGCUGGUGAGAAAUUCUAG